GUAAUUUUUUUUUCAAUCUCGGAGAAGAGUUCCCUUUUAUCUUUUUUUCAGAUUUAUAUGUAUGUGUAUAAAUAUGGGGAGAUAUAAAGGAAGUGACUUUGGCAUGAUUACUCUCUCAUAUCUCUCCCCCCAAUGAUUGAUUGAGAUUUGCCUCUGGGUCAAGAGAGAGAGAGGGGUUUAACACAAACAAGAACUAGAACUAGAGAGAGAGAGAGAGAAGAUGAAGAUUGCGGAUGACAACAGUAACUGGUUGGGGUUUUCCCUGUCUCCACACAUGACAAUGGAGGUUGCCGCCGCUGCUUCUGGAAACCCACAACACCAUGAACAACACCAUGAACAACAUCAUGAACAUCGUCAUCAUCAUGAUCACAGCGAUGAACAUCAUCAGCAACAUCGUCGUAGUCAGUACAGUGACCAUCAUAACACUCAUCCAGUUCCCACAAGUUCUGCUUCUCUUGCCGAACAUUGUUUCUACUCUUCUCCGUCAUCUUCUUCCGCAACUCCAAACGACCUAAACUGCCAUGGAAUCUGCUACGGAAUUGUUGCAGAAAACGGAGGCUUUCACGCUCCUUCACUCUCAGUCAUGCCUCUCAAAUCCGAUGGAUCACUCUGCAUCAUGGAAGCUCUCUCAAGAUCACAACCCAUGUGUGAAGGCAUGGUUCCCAGUUCGUCGCCUAAACUCGAGGACUUUCUGGGAGGUGCGACGAGAGAAACAAUGCCUCUGAGCUUGGACAGCUUCUACUACCAACACAACAGCGACAACAACACGCAACAGAGCUCAGAUACCAAACACCAAAUGCAUUAUUACACAUCAGGAUCGCUCUCUUGCCAUGGAAUGUUCCAGUCAAAUGUCGAGACGACUGAUAUCAACGAUCACAUGCUAAGCCUGAAGAACCAAAUGCUGUUUGGCUUCGUAGACGGUGGAGGACGCGGAAACGGUGGAGAUUUGCAGGCGCUGACGCUGUCAAUGAGCCCAGGGUCACAGUCUAGCCGUUGUGUCAAUGCUCCAAGACAGCAAAUCUCAUCACCUAAUGAAUAUUUCGCCGUUGAAGAUCCAAAGAAGAACAUGAUUACUCCAAAAGUCACCACCCAGAAGCAAACUGUCCACAGGAAAUCCAUCGAGACCUUUGGACAGAGAACUUCACAGUAUAGAGGUGUCACAAGGCAUAGAUGGACUGGGAGAUAUGAAGCUCAUCUGUGGGACAACAGUUGCAAGAAAGAAGGACAGACCAGGAAAGGGAGACAAGUCUAUCUAGGUGGGUAUGACAUGGAAGAGAAAGCUGCUCGAGCUUACGACCUCGCCGCUCUCAAGUACUGGGGACCCUCUACCCACAUCAAUUUCCCUCUCGAGAAUUACAAUGGGGAGCUCGAGGAGAUGAAAGGGAUGACUCGUCAAGAGUACGUUGCCCAUCUGAGGAGGAAGAGCAGUGGCUUCUCCCGAGGAGCCUCCAUGUACAGAGGAGUCACGAGGCAUCAUCAACAUGGAAGGUGGCAAGCGAGGAUAGGCAGGGUGGCUGGGAACAAAGACCUUUACCUUGGAACUUUCAGCACACAGGAGGAAGCUGCGGAGGCCUACGACGUCGCCGCGAUAAAGUUCCGAGGAGCGAACGCCGUAACGAACUUCGAUAUCUCGAGAUACGACGUCGACAAAAUCAUGUCGAGUAGUACACUUCUCGCCGGAGAAAAUGCCCGGAAAUCCCACAAGGACUUGCCUUCCGGUAACCGUCUCGAACCGGUCGGUUAUGCUAACCAAGCUCCUGUCCAAACCGGAGUCCCAAACUCGGUUCAUCUUGAGAAUGCGUCGAAUUACCAAAAUACCCCUCCGUUUCCGGCCGCGUUGGAGGGUUUUGUGGGGGUUGAGUGCGGCGAUAAGGUAGGGGCACAUGUGUCAAAUCCGCUGUCGAGUUUGAGCAACUCGAGGGAGGGUACUCCGGAUAAAUCGGGUUCGAAUCUGGGUUUAGCGUUCGAUAAGAACGUUCUCUCGGCAAAAUUCGUGAACUCGGCGUCUUCAUGGUUCCCGGUGGCCACGGCAACGCAAACGCUGAGAUCCCCGGGAGCCGCAACCGCUGUGUCAAUGGCUCACUUGCCCAUUUUUGCAACGUGGAACGACGUCUGAAACGCCGAUCGCAAACGCGGAAAGAUGGCGUAGGGUUCGGCAUCGAGGAGGGUAAAAUGGGAAAAAAGGUGGUGACUUUGAGGGGUAAUCUGGUGAUAUGGUUGAUUAGCUUAAGUAGCAUUUAGGAUUUAGAUGUUGGAUUAGAAGAUGGGGGGAGGGUCCAAAUCAUGGUUAAUGUUAUUUUGGAUUUUGUUUAACAUUGUCCCUCCUGCUUUUAUUAUAAUUGGAUCUUUAUGUCUUUUCAUUUGAA